ACUUCCGGUAUUUCCCUCUCUCUGUCUCUGCCAGCUUACAUCAGCUUCAGGUUACCACACGAGCCUGUAACCUUCCUCCGCCUCUGACUGCUUCUGCUGCCGUUCAGCUGGUUUCUUGACAGCCCUGCAGGAAGGCAGCUUUUCCUGGUAGUCUGGAAAGCUGUGUUUGUUUCUCAGCUUGUUGGAGAACCGAACAGAGAAAUGACUUAAACUGUCGAGGAGUCAGAGAGUUUGUUUGUUUCCCCCCUUGAAGAAGUGAAGCGUUGAGCUGUCGGCAUGAGAAGCAGGAGCAACUCGGGCGUGAAACUGGACAACUAUGCCCGGAUGGUCCACCAAACUAUCCUCAGGCACCAAGAUCCAGUCACCGGUCUUCUCCCGAGCAGUCCCGAUCAGCCUCACUCCUGGGUCAGAGACAAUGUUUACAGCGUGGUGUCGGUGUGGGCCCUCAGCCUGGCCUACAGGAAGAACGCCGACAGGGACGAGGACAAGGCCAAGGCCUACGAACUGGAGCAGAGUGUGGUGAAGCUGAUGAGAGGAAUCCUGCAGGGCAUAAUGAGGCAGCUUGAUAAGGUGGAGAAGUUCAAAUACAGCAGAAGUACCUCAGACUCUCUCCACGCCAAGUACAACACCAGGACCUGCGCUACUGUUGUCGGGGACGACCAGUGGGGUCACCUGCAGGUCGACGCCACCUCACUCUUCCUGCUUUUCCUCGCUCAGAUGACGGCGUCGGGUCUGCACAUCAUCUACACCCAAGACGAGGUGGACGUCGUUCAGAACCUCAUGUUCUACAUCGAGGCGGCUUACAAAGUGGCGGAUUAUGGGAUGUGGGAGAGAGGAGACAAAACCAACCAGGGCAUCACUGAGAUCAACGCCAGCUCUAUCGGCAUGGCUAAGGCCGCUCUGGAGGCUCUGGAUGAACUCAACCUGUUUGGAGCCAAAGGUGGACCUGGAUCUGUGGUGCACGCUUUAGCUGACGACAUACAGCACUGUCAGUCCAUCCUGACGUCCAUGCUACCUCGUGCGUCCAUCUCUAAGGAAGUGGAUGCCGGAGUCUUGGCGAUCAUCUCCUAUCCGGCCUUCGCUGUGGAGGACAUAAGCAUCGUCAACUUGACAAAGGAGGAGAUCAUCUCCAAGCUGCAGGGUCGAUACGGCUGCUGCAGGUUUCUCAGGGACGGACACAAAACACCAAAAGAGGAUCCAAACCGUCUCUACUACGAGUCCGCAGAGCUGAAGCUGUUCGAGAACAUCGAGUGCGAGUGGCCGCUCUUCUGGACCUACCUCAUACUGGACGGCAUCUUCAUCAACAGCCCCGAACAGGUUCAGGAGUACCAGGAGGCUCUGGAGGGGAUCCUGAUCAAACAGAAAGACGGGAUUAGACUGGUGCCAGAGCUCUACAGUGUUCCUCCAGAGAAGGUGGAGGAGGAGUACGUGAACCCUCACUCCGUGGAGAGGAUCUCGGUGGGGAAAUGUCCUCUGAAAUGGGGACAGUCUCUGUACAUCCUGGGAAACCUCCUGACCGAGGGAUUUCUGGCUCCCGGAGAGAUCGAUCCUCUGAACAGACGUUUCUCCACCGUCCCCAAACCUGACGUGGUCGUUCAGGUGUCGAUUCUGGCAGAAACAGAGGAGAUCAAAGAGCUGCUGCUGAAGAACGGUAUCGAUGUGGAGACUGUCGCUGACAUCCAUCCCAUCCACGUGCAGCCAUCCAGAGUCCUGAGCCACAUCUAUGCAAGACUUGGUCGUAACCCGAGGCUGGGUCUGACGGGUCGGCCCUACAGGAGGAUUGGAGUACUGGGAACCUCCAAGUUCUACAUCAUCAGGAACACCAUGUUCUCGUUCACACCUCAGUUCAUCGACCAUCAACAGUUCUACUUGGCGUUGGACAACAAAAUGAUCGUGGAGUCGUUGAGGACGGAGAUCUCCUACCUCGCCUCCAGGUGGAGGAUGACCGGACGACCCACCAUCACCUUCCCCAUUUCACAGUCCAUGCUGACUGAAGACCGCACAGACUUGGACCCUGCAGUCGUGGCCACGCUGAAGAAGCUACAGGACGGAUAUUAUGGAGGAGCCAGGAUCCAGACGGGGAAGCUGUCGGAGCUAAUGACCACUUCCUGUUUCGCUCACCUGAGCUUCCUGGACGGUAAGGCUUCUGGCAGCAUGAGCCGCCCCGACGAAGAGUAUGAUGAUGAUGAUGAUGAGGCUGGCGCCGAUGGAUACGUGCAUGAGUUACGGAAUGAUGAUGAGGCUGAUGACCUGGCUCAGUACCUGGACCACCUGUUGGCUCACGCUGCCCCUAAGAAGCCCAAGCAGCCGGUGAAGGGUCUGGGCCGGUUCAAGGCUGCAGCCACCAAAGCCAAAGAGAUGAUGUCUCUGAUGAACAAAGCUCAGGACCUGGACGUGCACAACGUGAACAUGUACCUGCCCAACAAGCUGUUCCGCACACGGCACCCGUCCCUCAACCUGAACCUCCCAGACCCCGUGGAGGAAGCUCAGGUUCCUGAGGUGAGGAUCACAUCAGAGAGCGAGAUCCCCCGAGACGCCAGCGGAGCCAUCGACCACAACGCUUUGGCCCAGAUGCUCAAAGACACGCAGAACCUCCAGGACCAGGCGGAUAUACUCUACAUCCUCUUCAAGGACAAGGGCAUGGACUGGGACACUCGUCUGCAGGGAAAAGGCACCACAGUCAGAACUCUGCUCGCUGACCUUUACGAGAAGGCCGGUGAACUCAAACACUGGAGCCUCAUCAGGAUGAUCUCUGGCAUGCUGAGGAAGAAGGUGGAGGAGCUCGACUCGGCCUGCUCCGAUCUGCUGGCUCAUCAGAAACACCUCACGGUCGGUUUACCUCCUGAGCCCAGAGAGAAAACCAUCACAGCCCCGAUCCCUCCGGACCAGCUGGCUGCUCUCAUCGACGAGGCCAGCGACAACAACAUCAGCGUGGUCAUCCUCACUCAGGAGAUCAUGGUGUACCUGGCCAUGAGCAUCAGGACUCAGCCGAGCCUCUUCAGCGAGAUGUUCAGACUGCGUAUUGGUCUCAUCAUCCAGGUGAUGGCCACCGAGCUGGCUCAGUCGCUGAACUGCUCAGGAGAGGAGGCCACGGAGAGCCUGAUGGGCCUGAGCCCGUCAGAACUGAAGAAUCUCCUCCAUCACAUCCUCAGCGGGAAAGAGUUUGGAGUGCAGCGCAGCAUUCGAGAGUUGGACGCCGGCGUCAGCCCCGCCAUUUCCAUCCAUCACCUCGGAAACACGGGCGCCACGAAGAGCGAGAGAGCCGGGAUCAGCAAACUGAAGAGUGAUAUGAAGAUGAGCAUGAGAUCCUUCUCUGUGGACAUAGAAGGCAUUGAGUCUGGGAGGUACAGGCUGCCCUCCAUAGAAUCUCUGGACAUUCCGGAAUGUAUUCCGGCUGCGAAGGACACCAAGCACGGCCAAUGGCUGCGCAGGAGGCGUCUGGAUGGAGCAUUGAACAGAGUCCCCGUAGGGUUCUACCAGAAAGUCUGGAAGAUCCUGCAGAAGUGUCACGGUCUGUCCAUAGAGGGAUUCGUCCUCCCGUCUUCAACCACCAGAGAGAUGACACCCGGUGAGAUCAAAUUCUCCGUCCACGUGGAAACAGUCCUGAACCGCGUCCCUCAGCCCGAGUACCGACAGCUGCUGGUGGAAGCCAUCCUGGUGCUCACCAUGCUGGCCGACGUGGAGAUCCCGAGCAUCGGCUCCAUCAUCCACGUGGAGAAGAUCGUCCACCUGGCCAACGACAUGUUCUACAAAGACCAGAGGGACCUGGGAGCAGAGGAGUCCAUCCUCGAGAGAGACCCGUCCACCGGGGUGUGCAGGCUGCUGUACGACAGCGCCCCUAGUGGACGCUUUGGGAGCAUGACAUACCUCACAAAGGCAGUGGCGGAUUAUGUGCAGGACUUCUUGCCCAGUGGCUCGUGUGCGGUGCAGUGAGAGAGGAGAGUGAGGGGGGUGAAAUCACUGGAUAGAGAGAGACAGUAAAGGCUGAAAUUUAAACAUUUGUUACAUGAAAUAAUAAAAACAGGCUGAACUUAAAGUAGAUCAAGUUACCGUAGGUUUAUUUAUGAGCUGUAAAGCAGAUCAACUAACUCAGACAUUUAGAUUCAUAUCGACUGAAGUUAUUUUUUACUGGUUAACAUUUUCUAAUGAAAGGGGCUUUCAGACAGGCUCAUCAUCUACGGCAGCUUGGUCUACAUGAUGACCUCCUGUUCACCUGCGUACAUCCGUCCUAACAGACGAAGGUCAACAUCGUGUUAGUUUCCUCGUGACUUUAAGCUCUUAAAAGACGUAAGCUAAUGUUAAAACCACUGACUGAAUAACAGGAUGGAAGCCAUGAUACCCCUGUGUUUAGAGAUGUUGAGACGUGGAAUUGACGUCCAACCCCUUCCUCAAACCAGAACACACAUUUAACUCACCGAUAAAACAUUACACAGGAAGAGAAUUUGAGCCAAAAAUAUUCAAUGGAAUUUUUUUUUUUUAAUUCCGAGAAGAUUAAUGUAAGAAUUUUGAGAUUAAAGUCAAAUUUCUGAGAUUAAAUUCGAAAUUUUGAGAUUAAAGUGGGAAUUCUAAGAAUAAAGUCGGAUUUCUGAGAUUUAUGUCGGAAUUCUGAGAACUAAGUUAGAGUUCCGCGAUUAAAGUUUGAAUUCUGAGAUAAAAGUUGUAAAUCUGGGAUUAAACUCAGAAGUCUGAGAUAAAAGUAGGAAUUCUGAGAAUUAGGUCGGAAUUCUGAGAUUAAAGUUGGAAUUCUGAGAUUAAAGUCGGAAUUCUGAGAAUAAAGUCAGAUUUCUGGAAUUAAAGUUUGAACUUUGAAAUUAAAGUUUGAACUUUGAAAUUAAAGUUUGAACUUUGAAAUUAAAGUUUGAACUUUGAAAUUAAAGUUUGAACUUUGAAAUUGAAGUUUGAACUUUGAAAUUAAAGUCUGAGUUCUGAGAUUAAAUUUAGAAUUCUGAGAUUAAAUUUAGAAUUCUGAGAUUAAAUUUAGAAUUCUGAGAUUAAAUUUAGAAUUCUGAGAUUAAAUUUAGAAUUCUGAGAUUUAGGUCGGAAUUCUGAGAUUCAAGUCGGAAUUCUGAGAGUGAAGUCGGAUUUUUUUAAUUAAAGUCAGAAUUCUGAGAAUAAAGUCGUAGUUUUGAGAUUAAAGUCAGAAUUCUGGGAUCAAAGUUGGAAUUCUGAGAAUAAAGUCGGAUUUCUGAGAUUCAAGUCGGAACUCUGAGAUUAAAGUCAGAUAAAUUCUGAGCUCUGAGAAUAAAGUCGGAGUUCAGAGAUUAAAGUUGGAAUUCUGAGAUCAAAGUCGGAAUUAUGAGAUUCAAGUUAGAUUUCUGAAAUUAAAGAUGUAAUUCUGGGAUUAAAGUCAAGUCAUUACAGUCUCCUCAGGUCAGUACAGUCCACAGUAGUAGAAAUGAUUCUUGUGUUGGUUUGAAGCAGACACAUUGUUAGUUCUGGAAAGUUCAUUGACUCUUGUGUUUGUGUUUGUUUUGUUUCCUGAAUGUGAGCUCUAGUGAGUCUUAACUGCAGUUUAUUACUCGUAUUACGCUGAAGGCAUCGACACACCGAUCGUGAUGAGGCGGGUCAAUCUAUGGAUUCUUGUUUUUGGUUAUUUUGGUCUUUUUAUGGGAUUUAUUGACAAGUAAAAAAAAAUAGCACCAGACUUAUAUUUAAAGUGACAAAACUCUCACACCUCUCAUGAAUGUAUCAACGAGAUCACAGGGAAUGUGAUUUGACUGUAACACUUGAUAUCUAAGUUAUGGUUUCUAACAAACUUGAAAACAAAAAAGAUCUUGUGUAAGCAUUAAACUCUGAAUAAUGACUGUAAUUCAGCCUAAUUUAUUACCGCACAUUUGUGUUGUAUUGCUCAGCAAAUAAAACUCACUGUACCUCUAAUCCGUCAUGCUGUAUGAUGUAUAAAAUAAUACCAGAUAAUCUAUUCUCUAUUUAUUUUAAACUUAUUAAUUUCAUAACGGACGUCAGAGAAAUUACAUAAGAGAAUGCAUGUCUACCUUGUAGCCUUAACAUUUAGCACGUGUGUAAGUGUGUGUGUGAGUGAAGGAGUGCUGUUUGGUUUGUAAUGUCAGAAUGUGUGAAAUAAAACCAGCUCAUUUUUUAAAACAGGAAGUUUUGUGAUUCCGAUUUGUUGGAAAUUGUAUUUUGUUUUGUAUUUCUGAAUGCAGUGCUCUUGGGAAAUUAAAAAUAUGUGCCUAAAUCCA